AUGGACCCCUCAGACAACGACGUCGAAGCUGUCGACGAAGCCCUUAUGGCUCAGAUGGGCUUCUCAUCCUUCGGCGCUGCUUCACCACCCUCAAAGCGUCGUAGAUACAACCCAAACGCAGAUGCAGCACUGCCAUCAAAGUCUUCUGCAACCGGCGCAAACUCCACAGCCUUGGGUACCCCCUCUAACACGGAUGAGAUUGCCCUUGAUGACGAGGACGACUCAAAGGAUGAUGCAUCUGAACAAAAAGCCCCCGCGCAAGUGCGCCCAGCUGGUCUGCCUCAACGGCCUGCACCAGCGCUGAUACCACGCCAGGGCCAAGAUUCGGUCGCCCAUGAGCGCAGGGAUACUUGGUAUAUUGGAUACUACGAUCACCUAUCUAACGAGAAUCCAUGGGAGAGAAUCGAGAAAGCCCGCGGUUUGACGACACAGGGAACGUGGAUCGUCCGGAAGAACGACAACGUUGUGGCGACAACAGAUGCGGCGGCUUGA